UUUGUGUUUUGUUUUGAUUUCAUCUUUAUUUUGUAAUUGCUGCAUUUCUGUAAAAAAUUGGGUGCAACAAUUUAUACAAUAUUGUUUCAGUAGAUAAAGAUGGAUCAAGCGGCAAUAAUAUCAUCAGCUGAGGAGCAGUUGAAAAAUUUUGGUACAUUCCUUGACUUGCAUGAUAAGAAAUUGCAGCAACUAUCGCAAAAAACUACACAAGUGCCAUCAGCUCGAGCACCACCCACUCUUAAGAUUUUGACCAAACCUCUUGUGGAAGUAAACUAUUCGGCUAAUCAGGAACAGCUUAUAUUGCUACGAUUACUCGAAUCUGAUCGUUUGCUAAACAAAACGCUGCUUACAUUCGCUCAUCUUUGCGCUGAGGUGGAUACCUUAACACGCAAAGCACAACAUAUGCAAAUCAAAUUUAUAUAUAUUGAUGAAAAUUUAUGUACACUCUUUGCCGAUGAAGAUGGCAAUGGUGGUCCAGAUGCCGCAAGGCAAACCAAUGAAAUUUUACUGCAAAUGAGUGAAUCUAUGCAAUUCGUUUGUGAUAUACAAUUCUUAUUACAGCGUUGCAUUGUGUUGGGCAACAAUUUGCUCCACCAAUGUGGAGCCUACGGUGCACUGGAAGAUAACAAAAAUUUGGAGUUUCGCUUUGUGGAUGUAUUCGAUUACCUUGCAGAUUUGCUUUUGCAAAUUCUUAUAUUUAAUGAAAUUUUGGCUGGCUCCAAUUUUUGCCGUUUCUGGCAGACUUACAAGAAAACCGUAGAGGCAUUAGCGCAAAAUGGACAUCACAUGGAGUUCUGCACAGCUAGCGAACUGAUUGGUUUAAGAAAUUGCUUAGAGGAAUUCGAUUUUCUUUUCUCAGGCACUAUCUUCCAAAGUUUCCUCGAUAGCACUUUUGCACUAAAGGAUAAGGUCGGUCCGAAGGGUAUUGGCCAACUUACAAACCAAUGCAAUGAGUAUAUGAAACAGUGUUUGUUGACUAUAAACAAAUGCGAUGUGAAUGAGUUCAGCGAUCACAAACUACUUGUGCGUCUGAAUGCAUUCUGUGUAGUUUUUCAUGAUUUCUGCGGACAAGUCGAGACCAAACAUGUAAAACAUCUUCUAGAGCUCAAUCAAAAGCAUCAAGGUAUUAUACUAAUUGGUAAUGUAGCUUGGCAGCCAACACCCUUCCUGCGACGCCAUGCCGCUUCUCUGGUAAAACCACAUGAACGCCUUUUGGGAGAUGGAAAACGUUUUCAACAACAUUAUUUACAUACACGCGUGCAAACUCUGCCUCGUGAUUGCCGGCAUUAUUGUUCGCAAGUGCUGCUUUUGACGCUAAAUGUACGCAAAGCAUUAAGCAUAGGUCCAUUCGACCUCACCGUACAACAGUUCAAAGAACUUUCAGCUUUACUAUUACUUGGCCUGCGUUUUGCAUCGCAAAUAAGUUGUUUGAUCAAAGGUUUAGUAAAUGCACACGUGACUUUACAAUCACCAAUGACCAAAAUAACACUGCAAAGCAUCUGUAAACUAAUUGAAUUGCUGAAGAAUAUACAACAACUAUUCCAGGAGCACAUGGAUGUCAUUGCAAAGGUGAUACAAUGUGUUUUGCAAUACUUACAGUAUAAAGUAUUGCAUCUGCUGAACCUGUGCAAGAAACGCAUUACGGCUGCCAAAAUGCAUAAUCGUAACGUUGACGCUUUAGCCGCAUUGCGCAUCGCUGAGAAGUGCAUGACGGGUCCACCAACGAAAACCCGUACUCUACUCACAAAACUAGCGGUGAAUGCAACGAAUCUCAACAAUCGUACAUUGCCGCAAGAUCAGUGCGAGCGUUUUCAAUUGCUUAUGUCUCGUAUAACAAUUCUAGCCGAUUUCCAGUCGAACAUGCAUGAGCUCUGUGAUACGACAUUCAUCUAUUGGCAUCAGUCAGUGCUUUCAGCGUACUUGAAGCAAGUCAUUGAACGAAAGUUGGACUUUAAUUCUUUUCAGUAUAUUCUACAUGCUUUCAACGAUUGUGGUAAUGCUUUUGAGCUAUUGGACUUGAAGGACCUUAAAUUAUCUAAAUGUUUGGAACGCGUGACUUACGAUAAUUUACGCAGCGAAAUUGUAAGCAAGUUGUGUGCACAAAUCGAAACGUUUUUGCGUCUGGAAGUGCACUCCAAUUUACAGUUGGAGAAAAUGAGUCCAUUUGAGCAUGGCAUUGAUGACUACCGCGAUUUGAUUAACGCCUGCCCCAUUAAAUUGAAUGGAAAUUAUGUGAUUCUAAAAGAUCACGUCGAGAAUUAUUUAAGCGCCAUGUUUUAUAAUCUUACCACCAUAUCAUUGCAUGACUGGAAGACCUACGAGGAGAUGCGUCAUCUGGCUAACACGCGUUUAAUGUUAAAACCAGUAGAGGAUUAUUUGCCUAAUCAAACAUUAGAACAGGGCAUCGAUAUUUUAGAAAUAAUGCGUAAAAUCCAUAUAUUCGUCUCGAAGUACGUUUAUAACAUGAAUACACAAAUAUUCGUUGAACAAAGGAGCGCCAAUAAGCAUUUAGAUUCGAUUGGCAUACGGCAUGUAGCCAAUUCGUUACGCACACACGGCACCGGUGUCAUAAAUACUACCGUCAAUUUUACAUAUCAAUUUUUGCGACAAAAAUUUUAUACUUUCUCACAAUUUCUCUACGAUGAACAAAUCAAAUCACGGCUUAUGAAAGAGCUACGCGCAUAUGCCGAACGCAAACAGGCAAAAAGUUAUCCUGUAUACGCGUACGAGCGUGCCGACGCUUUCAAUAAAGAUAUACGCAAGCUGGGCCUCUCCAACGAUGGACAAACUUAUAUGGAUCUCUUCCGAAAGGUCAUAACGCAUGUGGGCAACGCUAUGGGUUAUAUACGCUUAGUACGCUCCGGUAGCAUACAUGCCAAUUAUAGCGCCAGCCUAUAUUUGCCUAAAUUCGAUGAGAAUUUGCAAUUUGCCGCUGCUUGUCAUGAGCAGAAAUUGGACGAUGUCUCCGUGAAAGCGGCGGAGAAUUUCGAAGUGAAUAUUAAUAAUUUGGUAAAAAGCUUCUCAGAUAGUACGGAUUAUUUUAAAUUACUUGUUGAAGCAUUCCAACCGUUCUUUCGUAAUCCACAUAAUCUGCAUUUGAAAAACUUCUUUCUCAUUGUGCCGGCUCUCUCGCUCAAUUAUGUCGAGCAUAUGUUGAGCGUCAAAGAGAAGAUCAAUAAGAAGGAUCGUCAGGAAGCGGUGCUCUUCGAUGAUGGUUUUGCGGUCGGCUUAGCAUACAUAUUAAAAUUAUUAAAUCAAAUGGAUGAUUUCUAUGCUUUACAUUGGUUCGCAACGGUGCGUGAACGCUUCAAUGCGGAGCGCCUUAAGAUACAGGAAAUGUUGCAGGACAUAAAGAAGUCGACGAACACACGCACUGGCACAAAAGCCAAUUCUAAAGCUGCAUUGGCAAUGCAAAAUAACGAAACAGAAAAGCUGCAACAAACGCUGGCAUUAACCGAACGCCGCAUAAACGCACACCAAAUGGAAUACAAUUUGCUUUAUUGCAAUUUGUGCAGCGCGAAAAUAUUUUUCCAAUAAUUAAAGUGAUACAAGUGUUAAUAUAUUGUAAGUGAUUUUUUGUUUAAUUUAACGCAUACACAUAUUAUAUUUUUACAUUUAUAUAUGUAGUUGAUACCAUAAAAAAAUUAUAGCAGAAUCAUAAUACAUAUUUUUAUGAAUAAAAUAUAUUUGAAAUUACAAAUACCUGAUUUGUUAAAUAAUCUGUGUAAACUUAAAGUGUUCAUGUAUAUUGAAAUACUUAGAGAACAUAUAAAAGAAGAUAUACAUAUAUCGCACACUAACCACAAAAGAGUCACACUCGAAAAAUUACAAAUGUUCAGGAGGAGCAAAAAACCGUUCCUAUAACAAACAUUAAAUUUUUGCAGUCAAAUCGUCUUCCAUAAUGUAAAAUAUCUUCUUUAAAGAGCGUCUUUCUCAAAUAUGAUUGAUUUUUCAGUUUACAGAGAAAUUAAGAGACACCUUUUGAGUUAAGACAUCGAAUAACAUCGAAAGUGACACAUUUCAAAUAAUACAGACUCACUUUUUUCAGAUAAAAAGGCGCAACUUCGCAGAAUACUGCAAAAGAUUUACGAUUUAUUUCAGCAAUAGCGGCACAACUACAAAUAGUACUUUUUGAUUUUCCAUUUAAGCUAGAUAGUGAUGACAAUCAUUUUCUUGGGUAGGUAAAUAAGUGUAUUACGAAUUGAAAAUUUUCGACUUGCGACACUUUUGAAGUUAGUGUGUGAUAUGUAUGCAUGUGUAUACUUUCAAUUAGCUAAGACACUGUUUUUACCUCAAUAGAGAUUAAAUACGAGUAAAUAGAUUGCGUGUGUGUAAAGCAUUUUAGGAAGCAUCGUUUUAUGCGUGAAACUUAAAAUUUUUUUUUUAUAUAUUUCUGAAGAGGAAGAAUUCCAAACAAAAAACUCUUCUAUUUGCAUAGUGUGAAAUUUUUAAAAAAAAAAUAUUCAUAUUUUUUUGGCAUAUAUACCUGUAAAAACACCAUACCAGAAUUUUAAAUUAAUAUAUGAAAUAUUUUUUGAGUUACAAGCUUCUAAAGGGUAGCCGCUCAGUUCAAUCGGUUUUAUCGGUUUAUCGCGUUUUUUUCAAAAUUUUUCGAAUUUGCUGCAGUGAUUACCCGGAGACAAAUGAUACGACCACUGCAUGUUCUGUGUAUAGUUCCACACAAAGUUCCCUACCAGUUUUUCGAUUUGAUCAAAAACUGAAUUUUGGCAGGCCAAAAACGACCAAAAUUCAACUUUUCUUCAAGAACGUUGCCAUUUGGUCUACUUUGAUAUUUUUUUCGAUCGCAGGUCAUUCUACGGACAAUAUCUUCUUUGGUGGCUUUUUAGGUUUCAUCAACGGAGAAGGCCGUAUCACUGCAACAGUGAUUUACGACUUGUGAUUUCAUUCAAAUAAUUUUUUGAUAAUUCGGUAAUGAAUUAAUUGUCGUAAAAUUAAAAAAAAACAUAUAUUUUUUGAGGUUAUACCAAAUGUUCAUGUGGAAAAUUUUUCGAAAAAAAUUACAUAUUUAAUAUAAUUGUAUCCAUACAUAUGAAUAAAAUAAUUUUUUUGAGACUUUCUUUUGUAUUAUUAAAAAAUAAAAUUUUGGGGUUUACCGCUCGUGUGAAAUAUUUUCGUGAAAAAACGUAAAUUUAAUAUUAUAUAUGCACGUAUAUAUAUUUAUUUUUGUAUAUUUGUCUAAAACCCUUGUUAAUAAUACACACACAUAAAUAAACUGCAUUACAUAAAAAUAUAAGAGCUGCGUACGUUUGAAAAAGCACAGUUUGCUUAGAAUGUAGAUACAUAGUAAAAUGUUAAGUCUUUGUAUGAGUUGCAAUAAUUAGUUAAUGGAAGAAAUUGUCAGUGCUUUAACUAUGCUAAAAGAAAAAGUUUCGACAUAGUCACAUUUAAUGUGGAGAAAAAAAGCUAUAUUUGUGUUACGUUUUGCACUUAUUUUAAAAAAAUCUCCCUUUUGAUUGCAUAAAUGCAUUUUUUUCUUUUGGAAAAUUGUUCAUUUUUCAGUAAUUCUUAUAAAUCAUUAAAUUUGUUCA